GACGAACCCAGACAAAACAAUAGACGAGAAGGAUCUCUGUUAUGGAUGUAGAAAUAAAAGGGAAACAGACACUUUAGCCUUAUUUUAUGAACAUACAAUGUCUAAACUACAGGGUUUAAGCGAUUUUCUGACAGAGAGGUUAACUUUGGCUGCCCAGGAAAUAUUUAAGGCGGUUGAAGACAUAUUUAGAGACUAUAAUGAGGAGAUUUGUCGCUCCAGACAGGAGAUAGAGCUUCUGAAGAGAAAACUGGACGAGGCUGGAGUUCAGUUUCGUCGUCCUGAAACACAGCCUUGCUCCUCUGAGAUUCAAGGAAAGAAAUACACCCAGACAUACUCAGAAGAGCAGAUGAGAUCUGAACAUGACGGAAAGGAUACAGAAAUGCAUAUGAAACUAGAGGUCUAUACACAGCAGGAAGAGAAUGGAGAGCAGAUGCGUGUGUGCAAUGAAACCACAUCUUUAUUGCCAUUUAUGGACGUUGACCAUGAUCAGACGGUCCACAAAGUCAUUGCAACCCAAGUGAUGGAAAACCUCAACAAUAAUUUUACUUUCAUUAACCAUGCUGCUCAGAUUAAGAAUGAACCUGAGCCUAAUCCUGAAAGUGGUACUUCCUGUCAGGCACAGCACAUCACAAGAUACAGCUCGGAUGAUACAGAGGACAGUGAUGCAUCCAGCAACGACAUCAAAAUAAAAGUUAGCCACGUUGGCUCCCCUGCACAUAACACACAACAAUAUGAGCUGCCUUUCAGAAAUCAAGAGGUGUUGGCACAACAUAGGAUGGAGCUGGCCCAAAUAAGAGAGAGAUUGGCAGAAGAAGAGCGAAAGAAGGCUGCAGCAAAAGCUAGAUCCCAAAAGCACAAGCAGAAAGUAUGUGGAAGCCCUGAUCUUCUUGAAGCUUACAGGAAAAAGGAGAGAGAGAGAUAUCAAAGGCGAAAAUCUCAGGGGAAAGUGAAAUCUGCUAAAGAUCUGAAUCCAAUACAAUUGAGAAGGCAACAGAAAAGAUGGAGGGACAAUUCUGCCGCAUACAGGAAAAAGAAAGCAUUUCAGGACGUUUUAGACAACAUUAAAGAAGACAUUAUUGAAGUCAUCCCAGAGCAAAUGCCUGCCACCUCUGCUCAACACUUUAGCAUUUUUUAGAAUCCAGUGUGUAAAAAUAUUCCUUUAUUUCUGUAGAUCAACCUCUACUGUAUAUGGAACUUGCCAAUGCCAUGAGUUUGAUUCCCAGGGAACACACAUUUUCCGGUUAAAAUUAAUAUCUUUAAAGCUGAAGUGUGUAACUUUUUUUGGUGUUAAAAUACUUUCUCCUAUCCCAGCUUAAUAUGCAGAGACAAUUAUAAGUAAUCCACUGGUGGAUAAUUUUUCUUUACAACUAUAAACACUGUUGGGUGAAUUCAUUAAACAGUUGGGCCACUUUUGUGCAUGGUAUUUUAGCGCAAAAACCUGCAUCUUAUUUACUAACCAUCCGCGAUCUAGUUUAAGCAGGUGCAAUCAGCGCUGGUAUUAUGCUGUAUCUUAAAUAUUUAAAAUAAGUCAUUGUCAUUCCUUUCCAUGCAAACUUGCCUACUUUAUAUGUAAAUUAGUCUUAUUAUAGAUUGUGCUUCAUUCACAAAAAUUGCCCCGCGCAAUUUAUAUUCCGCUAUUACCGGCAGGUGGCAAAAUUAUUUUUAUUUAAGAGAGAUGUUUGUAAACAUUUUCUGUCGAUCAUAUCAGCAGUAAUUUAUCUGAUAAUGUUUAAAUGAAGGAGAAGCACGUCAUAACCUGGCAUGUAGCCAGACAUGUGGUUUAGUCAAGCAGGUGUCUGUAUCACAGUAGUGUGAUGCUGUACAGUCUUGCCAGAGUGUCAGAUCACGGUGGUCUGCUGCAUCCUCCGCUAUAUAGCACUCAGAACCAGCCUGCAAGAGUGAAAUACCACAUGCAGAUUGCAUUCAGCAGCGAUUCUGUGGGUGCUUUCGCACCGUUGCCUAAUCUGCAAAUUCUUUUAGUGAAUUGGGUUUGUUUUUUUAUGUCAAAGUUCAGUUCGUUUUGAUGAUUUGAACUCAAUUAUUAUGGGAUAAUGUAUUUCUUGUAACUGCUUGUCUGUCAAAUAAAUAACCUUCAAAGAACAGCUCACAUUCUUCACAUCUUUGCACAUUCAUUUCAUUCACGGCAGACAAAUGUAAGUGUUGUUCUGUGCAUGUAAAUUUUUGGUGGUAAAUCCAAUGAGACACCCUGUCUACACCAGAUGCAAUUGCCGUGGCAUGAUGCGCCAAAAGCAAAUCACUCCUAUUUUAAUCAUUCUUCCUGAGAGUCAAGCGUGACUGCUGUGUGCAUUUUCCAUUACCCUUUUAGAUUUGUAACUAGUAGCACCUGAUAAACAUGCAAAAAAAAAAAAAAAAAAGAAAAAUGGAUGGCAACAUAUGUGGAUAGUAGGACUAAUUUAUGAAAUUAGUUGCUCCCUAUUUAGUGAAUUACUUAACCCACACUGUGCUGUCUGUAUGCACUGGUAAUGCACAGUAAAUAAAUGAUUUAUAAAGAAAAAAA